CCCCACACAUAUUUACUCAGUGAAUCUUGUAGGUCCCUAGACGGACGUUUACAAGUAUCGCAUCGUAAGGGUUUGCCACACGUCAUCUAUGCACGACUCUGGAGGUGGCCAGACCUGCAGAACCACCACGAGCUACGAGCUAUUGACACAUGCGAGUAUGCUUUCCACUUGAAGCGGGACGAAGUUUGCGUGAAUCCUUACCAUUACUCGAGGGUUGAAACACCAGUGCUUCCGCCAGUGCUUGUGCCACGUCAAACAGGAGAAAUCCCAGCAGAUUUUCAACCUCCAAUUGACGACUACUCAAAUACAGUGCCUGAAAACAUUGAUUUUCCUGCAGGCGUCAGCGAAUCUUCUUUUCAAUUACCAGAGACCCCUCCUCCAGGCUACAUGAGUGAAGAAGGGGACAAUAAUGAAAACAGCCAAGGAAUGGAUGGAGUGGAUCAGAUCCCAGCCAGCCCUUCUAUGGAUUUGGAACCAGUGACAUAUACUGAACCCACCCACUGGUGUUCCAUAUCCUAUUAUGAGAUGAACACACGUGUUGGGGAGACAUUUCAUGCCUCUCAGCCCUCACUGACUGUGGAUGGUUUCACUGAUCCUUCCAACUCCGAACGGUUCUGCCUUGGUCUGUUGUCGAAUGUGAACAGAACACAGCAAGUGGAGAUGACAAGACGGCAUAUAGGCAAAGGAGUUCGAUUGUACUACAUAGGAGGGGAGGUGUUUGCAGAAUGUCUCAGUGAGAGUGCAGUAUUUGUGCAAAGUCCUAAUUGUAACCAGAGAUAUGGAUGGCAUCCUGCCACUGUCUGCAAGAUACCACCAGGUUGCAAUUUGAAGAUCUUCAACAACCAAGAGUUUGCUGCCCUGCUGGCUCAGUCAGUUAACCAGGGGUUUGAAUCUGUUUACCAACUCACACGCAUGUGUACCAUAAGGAUGAGCUUUGUGAAAGGCUGGGGAGCCGAGUAUAGGCGUCAGACAGUGACAAGCACUCCGUGCUGGAUAGAGAUUCACCUAAAUGGUCCUCUUCAGUGGCUGGACAAAGUUCUCACUCAGAUGGGCUCUCCUCGCCUACCCUGCUCAAGUAUGUCAUAGAAUGGUGCAAAACAGUAGGCUGGAAAAGACUGGAAACAGCACGG